UUGAAGUUCAAAAGGACGAGAACGAUGUCGGUGUCCACGGAAGUGAAGGAGCUCGUGGAGUUCCUGUCGAACCCCCGCGCAGACGUGCGCCAAUCUGCGAUCCAGCUGACUGUCGGCCUCACGGGAACUGACUCUGGCAUCCAGCAACUGAUCAAGGCAGAUGCAGUGAAGGCGCUUUGCCGCCUUAUCGGAGACUUGAACGCCAUUGCGCGCGACGCGAUUCACGCCCUGGUCAACAUCACGGCUACCCACCCUGGAGCGUGCGAAAACGCGUUGAAGCACGACAUUGUGAAUCGCUUGAUGAAUCAGUUGGACUCGGACUUUCAGCACAAGGACUUGUCCGUGAUGCUACUUGCGAACGUCACAACCACUCCCGACGGUGCAAAGGCUUUGGUGACAAACGAUGCCAAGUACAGCGUGCGUGAAGUGAUCCUGCAAAACUUGACCAUUCGAUUCCUCGAAAGCGAACCGGAGCCUGAUGGCCUUGACCCGGCCACGAAUGAACCCAAGUGGGACGACGAUUACCAAUACGUCGCCAACGUCCUUGCAAAUAUCACACAGCUGGAAGAAGGCCGCGCGUUUCUCCUGCAACUUCGCCCCAAGCAAAAUCAACCUGGCCACGUGCAAUCGCUCGUCCACGUGCUACUGCCACAAGUCCACUCGCCGAACGUAGUGCGCCGCCGCGGUGUUAUUCAAGCUCUUCGCAACCUGUGUUUUGACAGCGACAACCACUUCUUUCUCUACGACACAUUGGACAUUGUAGCACACAUGCAGCGCCGCCUUGCUGGUCCUGAACCGAUGGAAGACUCGGACAAGGUCGGCAUGCCAGCAUCCGUUUUGGCUGUCCUCAAUCCAAAGAAGAAGCGCGAGACCGAUGCUCAAGUACGCAAGGACAUCAUCGAAUGCCUUCUCCUCCUGUGUUCAUCUCGCAACGGCCGAAACAUCUUACGUCAAAAGAAGGUCUACCCCAUCGUGCGCAAUGCACAUCUCGUGGAAGCGGACGAAGACGUGAGCGAUCAAAUCUACAAACUGGUUGACUUCUUGAUCCGCGACGAAGAAGGCGAAGAGCCCGAUUGGAAUGAAAUCCGUGCCAAAUCGUUGGGCACGGACGAUAUUCCAUCGCCGUCUCUAGCAGCCGCAUCGACACAAGUGGCUGCGCCUAGCACCAGUGCGCAAAAGGAAGCACCCAAAGCCAGCCAAGUGCCCAAGCCUGUAAAGCCUACAGCACCUGUCACGCCAUUGGUGGACGAAGAAGUCGAGGAUGCUCGAGCGGCAGCCAUCGCCAAGGAAAUCGCCAUUUUGGACGUCAGCAGUGACGAAGAAGACGACGCGCCACCUUUAACCAACUAAACGGCGCUCUAAACACCUUAGUAGUAUGUUAUUCCAAACCGUGUGGCUGAAAGGGUUUGAUUUACUCAACAAAAUUGCUCCUUCCACUUGUGCGCCGUGC